AUGACCUGCGCAGGCAGCAGAAAAAUGGUAUGCUUAAACUUUGUUGAUAAUUUUGGAGGGUCUGUAAGUUGUACGCUUGACCUGGGGCUGCUGGACCCUAAAUGGGACCCUAACCAAUCGGCUGAGCGAGAAAGGUUACAGGCAUAUCAGGAGCGGAUCAUUAAAGGGGUGGAACGAGCCAUCCCAAAGAGCAUAAACUGGUCAGCAUUAUAUGCUGUAAAACAGGGCCCUUCGGUGUCACCUUCCAAGUUCUUAGAUCAGCUCAGAGAUGCAAUGUGCCCACACACACCACUAGAUCCUAGCUCAGAAAUAGGAAUACAACAACUUGUGUCGUUGUUUCUGGUGGAUCCACUGGUUAUAAUAAAGCUAGGGGAUGAAAAAGAAGACAUAGAAUUUUUAAUAGACACUGGGGCAACAUAUUCAGUUCUGAAUAAGGCAUUGAUACCUGUAGGAGGAGACUACAUUACUGUAAGAGGGGCAACUGGCCAAAGUGAAAAAGCAUACUUUUGUAAGCCACUAAAGUAUCAAUUGGGAAAGCAAUGGGGCAUUCAUGAAUUUUUAUGUAUGCCCAAUGCUCCAAAGGCUCUCCUGGGGAGAGAUUUAUUGGAACAAUUAGGGGCCACUAUUACCUUCAAAGGAGGCGAGAUCGCCUUGAAAGUAAAUGAUCAGCAGUACAUAGAAAUGUUAAGCCUAGAACUGAUCACACACCAGGCAGAAGAAAAAGUCAGGGAAGAUACAUUAGAUCAAGUAUUCCCGGGAGUAUGGUCCUCAAACGGAAGAGCCAAAAAUGCACCCCCGAUACAAAUUAAGCUCAAGGAGGGAAAACAACCAGUUAGGAUUAAACAAUACCCUUUAAAAAAGGAAGAUAGGGAAGGAUUUUGUCCGAUAAUUGAAAACUUUCUACAGUUAGGAUUACUAAAAGAGUGCCAAUCCGAUUUUAAUACCCCUAUCUUACCAGUCCGUAAGCCUGACGGAUCAUAUCGGGUGGUACAGGACUUGAGAGCUGUUAACAAAAUCACUGAGGAUCUUUACCCGGUGGUAGCGAAUCCAUACAACUUACUAACUUGCUUAACUCCCGAGCUAACUUGGUUUGCUGUUUUAGACCUUAAGGACGCCUUCUCUUGCCUCCCUCUCCAUGAAACCAGCCAGAAAAUUUUUGCAUUCGAAUGGGAAAACCCCAAGAGUGGGAGCAAAACCCAGCUCACAUGGACGGUGUUGCCUCAGGGAUUUAAGAACAGUCCCACCCUGUUUGGAGAACAACUUGCCAAAGACUUAGAGUCUUGGGAAGCUCCACUGGAUGAAGGAAGACUACUGCAGUAUGUGGAUGACAUCCUAAUUGCCACCCGGACAGAAGAAGGUUGUGUGGCUUGGACGGUAAGCCUCUUAAAUUUUUUGGGACUCCAGGGAUAUAGGGUGUCUAAGAAAAAGGCUCAAAUAGUAAGACAGAAAGUAAUCUACCUGGGCUAUGAGGUUAGCGCUGGACAACGAACUCUGGGACAGGAGCACAAAGAAGCAAUAUGUCAAACCCCAAAACCUCAAACAAUAAAAGAACGACGAACUUUUCUGGGCAUGACAGGGUGGUGCAGAUUGUGGAUUUAUAACUAUGGACUGCUUGUAAAGCCUCUAUAUGGAAGCUACGCAGGCCUCCCGCCAGAUAAGUGUGCUCUUAUGUCAGCUCUGGCUUUAGGGCUCCCAGACGUAAGUAAACCAUUCUUUCUGUUCUCCCAUGAGAAACAGGGGAUUGCUCUGGGGAUACUAGCACAGAAUCUGGGUCCAUACCGACGAGCAGUUGCUUAUUUCUCCAAGCAAUUAGACAAGGGAUGGCCUGGUUGUCUUAGAGCUGUCGCAGCAGUCGUGCUAAUUAUCCAGAAAGCACACAAAUUCACUUUGGGCCAGAAAAUGACAGUGCUAGUAUCUCACACAGUGUCUGCCGUACUGGAAGUGAAAGGUGGGCACUGGCUUUCUCCUCAGAGAUUCCUGAAAUAUCAAGCCAUCAUGGUAGAGCAAGAUGAUGUUGAGAUAGUGGUAACUAACAUUGUCAAUCCAGCCUCUUUCCUCAGUGGAAAUGAAGGAGAACCUGUACAUCGUGACUGCCUGGAAACCAUUGAGGCCACCUAUUCUUGCCGUCCAGAUUUGAAGGAUACUCCUUUGGAUAGCCCAGAAACUUGGUUUACUGACAGGAGCAGCUAUGUCAUCAGCGGAAAGCGUUAUGCUGGAUAUGCAGUUACUACCUGCAGAGAACAGAAUCUGGACCUUUGCCUAUAAACACAGAAAGCGGAACUGAUUGCCCUGACCAGAGCCCUGGAAUUGGCAAAAGGAAAGACCAUAAACAUCUACACAGACUCAAAAUAUGCAUUCGGAGUCGUGCAGGUGCAUGGCGCUAUUUGGAAAGAGAGAGGACUGUUAAAUUCACAAGGAAAAAAUGUUAAACAUGCACAGGAGGUAUUAAGAUUAUUGGAAGUGGUCCAACUACCUGAGAAGGUAGCGAUUAUGCACACUAAGGCACACCAGAAGGUGAGCUCUGAAUUAGAAGAGGGAAAUGAGCUGGCAGACAGAGAGGCAAAAGAAGCGGCAAAAGGUGAGGUACCAACUGAAGGAGCACUAGUCCCUGAUGGGAAGGUUUCCCUAGAAGGUAAGCCAAAUUAUAAUAAGGCGGAUCAAAAACUGAUUGCAGAUCAAAAUGGAAUAUUCAAUGAAGAAGGGUGGGCUAGCACACCACAAGGAAGAAUAAUUGUUCCCUCAUCAGUGUUAUGGUCCUUAGUAAAGAAUGAACAUCAAAAACCACACUGGGGAGCAGACACCUUACAUAAAUAUUUAAUAAGCAAGAUUGUGGCCAGAAAAUUAUAUGCCACUAUUCAACAGGGUAAUGGACCAGGACAACAAUGGCAGAUCGAUUUCACAGAACUGCUGAGGAAAGGGGGGUAUAGACAUUUGUUAGUAUUGACAGACACCUUUUCAAGUUGGCCAGAAGCCUUUCCAACUAGGAGUGCAAAGGCACAAGAAGUGACCAAAGCACUAUUACAAGAAAUAAUACCACGCUUUGGAGUUCCAGCCACUACAUCUUCAGACAGAGGACCACAUUUUAUUUCAAAUGUGGUACAAUAAAUUAACAAAUAUUUAGGUAUUGAUUGGCAACUUCAUACUCCCUACCACCCUCAGUCAAGUGGUCAGGUGGAGAAAAUGAAUCAUCUAAUCAAACAACAAAUUGUGAAAUUGGGCCAAGAAGCCAGGCUACCUUGCCCCCAGGCCCUUCCAUUGGCCCUAUUGAGAAUUCGAACUAAACCAAGAGCACAAGAGGGAUUGAGUCCCUUCGAAAUUCUAUAUGGAAGACCAUAUGGGGUUCAACAGGGAAUGUCUCCCCAAGCGAGAGAAGAGACUAUGAACACCUAUAUAACAGAGUUAGGGAAGCAGCUCAGGAGAAUUGAAAAGCAUGUGGCUGGAACUCGAAGCAGGGGAUUGGAUAGCCCAGUACAUAAUAUACAGCCUGGAGAUUAUGUGUUUAUAAAAUCUUUCAAACCUAUAGGAAAAGAGGAUCUUGAACCAAGGUGGAAAGGACCAUUCCAAGUAUUACUCACUACCUUCACAGCUAGCUAG